AUGGCGCAUCGUUCUAGGCGCGGGGGUAACCUUCGCAUUCGUCGCGGACGAGGAGCUAAUAACCCUCGACCGCAUAGAAGAUUAGGAGGCAGGGUUCCAUGCUGUAGGAACAUGGUUCAGAUAAAUGGGGAGUGGGCCUCUUGGGAGUCACUAUCGGUCACACUCUCUGGUCUGCCUACAGACAUCGACACCUUUACAGUGUGGAAAUCCUUCUCUGCUCAUGGGACAGUCGACUACAUUGAGUUGUUCGAAGAUGCCAGAGGAAGAAGAGAAAGAAGAGGGAUAGUCCGGUAUAGGCCGCCACCUCAAGAGCCAUUUUGGCUACGGCCUUUCCGUCUAGAACUUAGGGACGGUGAAGUUGCCAGUUUGAAUGUCCAUUUAGAUAUGCAGAGACCCGCUUUGUGGAUCAACAGCCCUAUUCAACCAGGGGUGAGGUAUCCCACUGCGACUGAGCUUCCAGCAAUGUGGGUAGAAUUUGGUACAAUGUUAGGUGAAAAGUCCUUCCUCCCUCUAAGAACAUUUGAUGUAAGAGGGAACAAGGGUAUUCAUCUUGUGGUCGAUGUCUCAUGCCGAGAUCUGAGCAUAUAUGUUUAUGUCCCAAUACUCUCUGUAACUCAUAACCACGGACCAAGUUUCUUCCGUUUUCGCGUUCCAUUUUUCCAGUUAUCUACUAUCCUAAAAGAAGAGCAGCCGGAGGGGUUCUCUCUGGUGGUCCCUCUGAAUUCGCCAGCAAGUUGUCAUCGACAGGCUAAAUUCUUGACGGAUGCACACUUCCCGCCUGAUGAAAAUGCCUGGAACUCAAAGGACACAUGGUCCCGCCAAACUGAUAUCGUACAUUAUCCCGAGAACCGCGCUCCCACGCCCACCAACUUGCGCAAACAAAAUUCUUAUAUUAACUUUGGGCGCUGGACGACAUUUCGGAUAGGGUUUAAUCAGUAUGCUGUACAUGACGGCAACAAGCUGGACAUUAUUACCAAUAUUUUCAAGGAUUUCAAUAUCAAUUUCCAAGCGGCAGACGGCUUUGAAGUUAUUAAAAAGACCGAACCUAUCCCUACCGUAUGGAAAUGGAUUGACACUCUUUCCACGCACAGGUCAGGGCCCAUAUCUUCUCUGGAAGCUUUGGCAGACAGUGAGUAUACUCCGCUUGAAUUCGCUGUUAGGUAUUAUUUGGAGGUGUGCAUAUCUUAUCGGUACCUCAAUGAAUACGCGAUCAAAAAAAAGUUUGUUGAUGAGCUGGCUCGGAUCGGAGAGAAGAAGGCCAAAUAUCUUCUCGAAUACGUUGAUUCGAACAAGAUUGCAUAUUACGAUCCCAUGAAUAUAUUCAACAUUCGAGUCCCCAAUUUUCCUGAUAGAGCAAAUAAUACCAGGACACCAGUAGGUUGCUGUUAUAUGAGAUCCGCUGAAGUUACUCCCUCCACUAUUUAUUACAAACCCCCUUCCAUCGAUACCGGAAAUCGCGUCCUCCGGCGCUAUCGGGAAUAUGCUGACCGCUUCCUCCAUGUCCGGUUCACAGAUGAGAAAAAUAUGGGCAAAAUAUUCCCCUACAGCAAUGCUAACAUCGUCUGUAUGAAUGAGGUCUAUACGCGGGUAACGCUCACUAUGAAGAACGGAAUCACAAUCGGAGACCGCUGCUAUGAGUUCCUCGCAUUUAGCAAUGCCCAAUUGAGGGAGCAUGCAGCGUAUUUCUUUGCUUCCCUACCACAUCUAACAGCUGCGAACAUCCGUGCACAACUGGGAAAAUUUAAUCAGAUCAGAAAUGUUGCCAAGCAUGCAGCACGCCUAGGACAAUGUUUUUCUUCAACCCGCGCACUUAAUGGGUGUCCAGUACAAAUAGUGGAAAUUGACGAUAUUGAGAGAAAUGGUUACACCUUCUCAGAUGGAGUUGGUUUGAUAUCAACGUUUUUGGCCCAGAUGAUCCAAAGCGAAUUUGCUAUUGAAACUCUGUCAGGAGAGCCACCAUCUGUCUUUCAAUUCCGUCUUGGUGGUUGCAAAGGUAUUCUCACCGUUUCCUCAAAAGCGCACCGACGUGAAGUGCAUAUUCGAAAGAGUCAAUACAAAUUUGCAGCCCCACACAAUGGCCUUGAAAUAAUUCGGCAUUCCAGUUUCUGUUUUGCAUCUCUCAACCGCCAGCUUAUUAUUGUUUUGUCUUCCCUAGGAAUUCCUGAUGAAAUAUUUGUCAAGAAACUCCAGGUCAUGCUGGAAAAUUUGGAGCUGGCAAUGACCAGCCAGGAGCAGGCUGUUAAUUUGCUGCAAACUUACGUCGAUCCUAACCAAAUGACGUUGGUUCUCGCGGAUAUGGUACUGGACGGGUUUCAACAAUCCCAGGACCCUUUUGUCACAUCGCUACUUGAGUUGUGGCGUGUGUGGCAGAUCAAAUAUCUCAAGGCGAAGGCAAAAAUUGCAAUUGAUAAGGGGGCCUUUUUGCUCGGCUGUCUUGAUGAGACUGGAUCCCUUAAGGGGUAUUUUCGCAGUAAACGACCAGGAGGCGGCGCAACGUAUGAGCAAAAGUUGGAUUGUCUUCCUGAAAUAUUUGUUCAGAUUUCGCGGCAUAGUGAAGAUACAUAUGAAGUAAUCGAAGGCCUUUGCAUUCUUGCGCGAAAUCCAUCAUUGCACCCAGGAGACAUACGUGUUGUCAAGGCUGUCGAUAUCCCAGAUCUACACCAUCUCAAAGACGUUGUUGUGCUGCCCCAGACUGGGGAUCGAGACAUUGCAAGUAUGUGUUCUGGAGGUGAUCUGGAUGGUGAUGACUACGUUGUCAUCUGGGACCAGGAUUUGCUGCCGAAGGACUGGUUUGAGGAACCAAUGGACUAUUCUGCGCCCAAGUCAGAAGUUCUAGAUAGGGAUGUCACUGUUGAUGAUAUCAUCAAGUUUUUUGUGAGCUAUAUGCAAAAUGACCGCCUUCCUCAAAUUGCCCCUGCACAUCUCGCGAUAGCCGAUUAUUCAGAUGAUGGAGUCCAGGACGAGAAAUGCCUUCGACUCGCAACCCUGCAUUCCGCAGCCGUCGAUUACAACAAAUCGGGAAUGCCCGUUCAUAUGAACCGGGACCUUAAACCCAAAAAGUGGCCACAUUUCAUGGAAAGAAAGUUUGCAAAGAAAGACUCACAGUAUACAUCUCGGAAAAUAUUGGGUCAACUGUAUGACAUUGCCGGUGGUGUAUACCUCAAUUUACAACCCCACUCUGCUAAAAGAAGGCUGCCAUUCGAUCAGCGGAUUUUAAACGCAAAUUUUGAGAUUGAUGAUAAACUAUUAAGUUUCGCAAAAGAGCUCAAAGCGGAAUACGACGCUGACAUACGGCGGAUUAUGGCACAACAUGAGAUCCAGAGUGAAGAAGAGGUUUGGUCAACUUUUGUUUUAAGUCAUGCGAAUAUGAGCAAGGAUUACAAAUUCCAUGAAGAAAUAGGUCUGAUAUCGUCUGCACUGCGUCAAAAGUUCCGUAUGCUUUGUCACGAAAAAGCUGGAGGAAAGGACUUCAAAUCUUUAGCGCCGCUUGCCGUAGCUAUGUAUCGGGUGACUAGCGAGCAAAUGGAAAAAGCGAAGGCAGCACAUUCCCACUGCACUCUAGGAGAGGAGCAAAGGAUGCCCCUCAUCAGCUUCCCCUGGGUCCUCCAACCAAUUCUAGGUAUGAUUGUAACUCAGCAUUUCCACAAAUCCGGUUCUGAGGGAUUAUCGGGGCAUAUUCAGGCAGAAAUCUUGCACGGCUCCAAGCAAAGGAAAAAUGUGGCAAAUGUGUGUGCUUUAGGCGUCGAAACUGCAAAAGAAGUGAAAGGCGCUGCCAACGUUUUGCUUCUAUUUGAGGAUUCCAAAUUUGAUCCUUUUGCCUCUCUUGCCGAGGCAUUUGACACACCGCAAAUCUCUCCCGAACGAAAGGAGAAUCAAACUACGGCAGCCUAUAGUGACAUUUGGGUCAAAUGGGUUUUUUUGUGUUUUUCCACUGUAAUUACUUAA